AUGGAGGCGGACAAACCGUCCCGAUCGUCGGGCAGCAAUCGCAGCUGGCAACGCGGAAGUUCUCGCACGCGAAGCGGAAGACGCCGGAAACGGAGGCGGAAGCCCUGGGGCGAGCGGAUCAUCGACUGGACCAGGGCGCUGGUGGCCUUUCUCUUCAGCAACGUCGGCAUCGUCUGCCUGGUGGUGGGCUACACCAUCGCGGGCGCCUUCCUCUUCGUCCACAUCGAGAGCAAAACCACUUCCGACGUUGCUAAUGAUGUCAUCAAACGGAGGAACCUGACGGCCGCCAUUCUCUGGGAGCUAACGUCCAAGGAAAAUGUGUUCUCGGAGAAGCUGUGGAAGGCAAAGGUGAGGGACAUUCUCGAGAGUUACCAGAAGAAGGUGGUGUCAUCCAUAAAAGAUGGUUACGACGGCGUGGAGGAAAAUAAGUGGACCUUCGCCGGCGCCUUUCUGUAUUCUCUCACUGUGAUAACGACUAUCGGUUACGGCAACAUUUGUCCCAGGACGAAAUGGGGCAAAGUCGUGACUAUAGUGUACGCGAUAAUAGGGAUGCCGCUUUUCCUCCUCUAUCUCAGCAAUAUCGGCGACAUUCUGGCCAGAAGCUUCAAAUGGACCUACGCCCGUUGCUGCCUGUGCAAGUGCCGGAGGAGACCUCGAGAGUUGACCACCGAAGCUUCCUCCGAGGUGCCGAAUGGAGACGAUCCGGCUGCUAAGGAAGAUGAUUGGCAGAUGGUGAACACCCACGGCGGGGAAGUAGACACGUCGAGUUUGGAAGAAACUUCGCCGAGAGACGACGAGGGCGACGACGAAGGCGACGACGGGAGCGACAGCUACGAUCCGCAGCACGUGACGGUGCCGUUAACUCUGUGUCUCGCCAUCAUGGUGGGGUAUAUCUGGGGCGGCGCGGUUCUCUUUUCGAAAUGGGAGGACUGGGACAUGUUGGAAGGCUCUUACUUCUGCUUCGUCUCUUUGUCGACCAUAGGUUUCGGCGACUACGUUCCGGGGGAUAAGAUCUACUCCGGAAAAGGCCUCGAACUGUCAUUCAUCUUCUGUUCCAUGUACCUGAUGCUUGGAAUGGCGUUGAUUGCGAUGUGCUUUAAUCUCAUGCAAGAGGAAGUGAUGGCGAAGAUACGCUCUCUGAUACACAUCAUCAAGUACAUCUUCAGAUGCGAGAGAUGA